AAAUUGGUCGUGAGAAGUUGCUUGCAGCUGGAAUGAUUCCAUCUCUCUUGGUGUGGGGGCGAACAUUACUUGAAAUUCCCGGUAAUCGAUAUAAUUGUUUGAUAUCUCUGGUGAGCAGUGUGGUACAAAGAUGUUUACCUCCUCGCCCUUUGCCUGUUAGGAAGUUAAACAAUCCCAUUGUUUUCACUUUUACUGAAAGCUUUUGCUUUAAUGAAUCUGACAGCUCAGAUGGCAGAAAUGAUGACACACUAAGUUUAGCAUCAUCUACUUUAUCUUCAGCUGAAAGUGGAACAGAUUCUGAAGAUGAAAUGCAGCCAUUAGCUGGUCAUAUUGAAACACCUUAUAAUGAAUGCAUUGAGCAGUUUGCUGUAUUUUUUAACGAACUGAAUGAACAGCAGCAUGUGAAGCCCCACUUUGCAUCUGGUGAUGAAGCUCAAAGUGGUAUGUUCAAGAACAGUUUGCGUGAUAAAUUGAUCUCAUCUCCUGUGAUAGAACUUAAAGAUCUGAAGUUGAAUUCUCAAAUUCCAAAGAUCAUUCAGAGGUAUCCUCCUGUACAAGCAACACGAAAAGAUGCCUCUUGUAAACUACGUAAGCCUACCAGUGAUGCACCAAUUUACAUGCGAGAAAAAGUCACUAAAUCAACUUCAUUAACAUCUGUUACUGCUAGUCAAUCUAUCAAUACUAAGACUUCAAAAAGACCUAAUCACACGGAUAGCACUUGUGAUACUAGUGAUAUUGCUUCUUCAAAGAUAGUUUGUGAUAAAAAUUUCCAUUUAACAGAAUCAGAGCGUAUGCAUCUGUUACAAAGUGCAAGAGAAGAGCGAAAAAAUCAGAAGUUUCUUGAAACUGUAAGCUUGUCUGAUAUCUAUGUAAAGCAAGCAGUGAAUACAAUUUCAAUUUCUCCUUUUGUGAAACUGGCAUAUCCUGAUGUUAGAGGUUGUGUAUCCAUUUCUGAAGCCACCACAAAAUUGUUAAAGCCUGAUCCUUUGCUGAUACGCCAAGAAGUACAUAAACAUACUGAACAAAUGUCAGAGAGUGACUACGUAUUUGAUGAAGUGUAUAGUCUAGAUAAUAUAUUAAAUGACAAUGCAUCUACUUCUGCACCUUUGAAUAAUAAAGAUGAGCAAAGGAUUUAUUCUGAACAGCAAAGUGACCGUUUACAGUUUGAAGCCAGAUUUGAAAGUGGAAAUUUAAGGAAGGCUUUUUGGAGGGGUGGUGGAGAGUAUGACUUAAUAUUGAAUCCUGACAUCAAUUCUAAAUGCCAUCUGCAAUGGUUUUAUUUUGAAGUUUCAGGAAUGAAGUCCGAUAUACCCUAUAUAUUCAAUAUUGUCAACAUGGAAAAAUCCACAAGCCAAUUUAACGAGGGCAUGUGUCCUGUCAUGUUUUCUGUCAGGAAUCAUGUGGAGAAAAAACAAGGUUGGAUGAGAGUAGGCUCAAACAUAUGUUAUUUUCGAAACCAUUUCACGCAGGGACCUUCAAUCAAUUCAAUUUUUAGAAAUAAACCAUAUUAUACGUUAACAUUCACAGUUACUUUCCAACAUUCCAAUGAUGUCUGCUAUUUUGCCUAUCAUUAUCCUUAUACCUUUUCAACUCUUCAGACACAUAUUUAUUACUGGAUGAAUAGUCAUGAUACUACUUCAAUUUAUUUCAAAAAGGAUGAGUUGUGUAAAACAUUAUCAGGCAAUAGUGUUCCCUUAUUGACAAUAACAGCUAAGCCAUUGGAUCAAAAGCGACCAUAUAUUUUUCUGACUGCUCGAGUUCAUCCUGGAGAAAGUAAUUCUUCUUGGGUUAUGAAAGGAUCUUUGGACUUUUUAUUGUGCAAUAAGGCUCAGAGACUGAGGGAAAUGUACAUUUUUAAGAUUGUGCCAAUGCUUAAUCCUGAUGGAGUUAUCAAUGGAUGUCACCGUUGUUCGCUGUCUGGUCAGGAUUUAAAUCGCCAGUGGAUUACGCCUAAUAUGCAUUUGCAUCCUUCAAUCUUCUACACAAAAUCCUUAAUACACUAUAUUGUUUCUAAGAACAAGAAACCCCAAGUAUUUUGUGAUUAUCAUGGCCACUCCAGAAGGAGCAAUGCUUUCUUUUUCGGUUGUAACCCAGAACAGUCGUGGUGGCCAAGUGAUGAAACAAAACAAGAUUGUGAGAGCUUUAAAAUAUUGCCAGUUAUAAUGAAUGAGAUGGCACCAACAUUUAGCCUUGAUGAUUGUGAAUUCAGUGUAGAAAGAAGUCGAGAAUCAACUGGCAGAGUCACAGUAUGGCGACAGUUUGAUGUUGCUCUCAGCUACACUUUAGAAUGUUCAUAUGGAGGAUGUAAUCAAGGCAAAUAUGCUGGUUAUCAUAUUGGAAUACCUCAGCUUGAAGAUACAGGGAUGAAACUCUGUCAGAGCUUUGGGAAAUUAGUAUUAAACCCCAAAACUAACACAAUAUGGAGUUCCUUUCCUAUAGAUCUGAAAUCUUUUCCCAUUCCAAGUACUGAAAAAAUUGUGAGAUCCAAGUUAUGUACUUCUUCAACAUCGACUGAAACCGAUGAGGAUUUUGAAGAUUGUGAAGCUGAAGAGCAAUUAACAUGAUCAUUAUUUAGCUUGAAAAUGCUUUAUAGUGAGCAAGUUUAGUCAGCUAGGAAGUUAAGGAGUUUGUAACAAUUCUAAAGAUGUAAAGAAUAGUUAAGAAAUAAAGUCUGAAAUGUUAACGGAACUAAAAGAAAUGACUCAUCUUCUUUAGCAAUGUACAUUAAAUUGUUUUUAUAUUAAAUAAAUCAUGUUCAUUUGUCUCAUGCAU